AUGAGGCUGUGGGUCUGGGCUGUGACUCUGGGUCUCCUGUGGCAACACCUGGCCCUCCUCAGGGGCAUCAGUGCCAAGAGGGAACGCAAGAAGCCCAAGGAGAUGAGCCAGUACACGGAGCCCUUCAAUGCUACCGUCUCCAACAGCGAGGAGCUGCCCGGGCACCCCAAGUCCCCUGAGGCUCCAGGUCCUGAGCUCACCGAUGCCCACAAGACGUGGCUGAACUUUGUCCGGAGGCCGGACGAUGGGACCCCCAGGAAGAAAUGCAGAGGGAAAGAUAAGAGAUUGCGUGGCCUUGUGGGCCCCCCUGGCCCUCCGGGGCCCCCUGGUCCCCCAGGACCCCCAGGAGCUGAAGUUACCCAAGAAGCCCUAUUGCAGGAGUUCAAGGACAUGCUGAAAGAGGCCACGGAGCGCCGGGCAGCCGUGGCGGCCUUGGCCCAGCCUAGCCAGCGGCCCCUGGACUCUAUGAUGGCCCCCUAUAGGCGGGUGGAAGAAGCUUUCCAUUGCAAGCUCAAAGCCCAGCUGGUCAUUGACAAGAAGACCCUGAUGGAGCUGCACAACUUCCAGGCGCCUCUGGCCAAGGGGGCCUUCCUGAGGGGGUCAGGCCUGAACCUUUCUACGGGCCGUUUCACCGCCCCUGUGUCCGGCAUCUACCAGUUCUCAGCCAACGUGCAUAUCGAUCACAGUGAGCUGAAAAGCCGAGCCCAGCUGCGGGCCCGAGACAACGUCCGCGUGUUGAUCUGCAUUGAAUCCUUAUGUCACCGUCAUACGUCCCUAGAGGUGAUCGCAGGCCUAGAGAGCAACAGCAAGACCUUCACGGUGCACGUCCAGGGGCUUCUACAGCUUCAGGCCGGUCAGUACACCUCCAUCUUUGUGGACAACAGCGCCGGGGCUGCCCUCACCAUCCAGAACGGCUCGGACUUCAUGGGGCUGCUCAUGGGACUGUGAUCUGGAGGGAAGGCCAAGCCGCUCACAGCCAGGGCCAGUGGGGAGCACCAGAGUGUGGGAGGGGCCGGGAAG